CUCUGCUCUGAGCUGACACCCACACUGAGUGAUAUAGCUAGCUACCACAACAACAACAAAUGACAGCGAUGAAUCCUUGACUGUAUUUGCCGUUGCUUACAUUACAUAAUCAGCAUAAUAUACCAUUAUCUUUAGAUAAGGACCAUUUUUAUUGGCAAAUUCAAUGAAAGAACAUUGGUUGGAGUGUUGUCAUUCCUCUUGCCAAGGAUCUCAGCGCUGGUGUUUGGGGAAUGACGUUUGAUCACUGCGUUAGCAUUUUAGGGAGAGUAUUCUGUGGAAAAGCUUACAUUUUGAUAUUAAUACGACGAUUAACAUCACGUCCCAGUUGGGGAACAUCUUGUCAAAGUGUUGGCUUUAACAAGCAAGAUAACAUUAACUAACGUUAGCUACACUGACAGCAUGCUAGCCCGCCAGCGUUCGCUAGCUACAGGACAGGAACAGCAAGCUAGUAACUUGCAAUCUUUUCGGAUUAGCUUGACAUUUUUGGUACCUGGUGGAGAGGCGAUGGUAUGAGCAGUGGAAGGAGUAUGUGGUGACAGGAGACCAGAACUCCUCAUCUUUCCCUGGACAGAUCGACAACACAGAGCUGUUUGAGGAACUGGAUUCCUACCAUCUGAAGGAGCGUCUGGUGGAGAAUGAGGACUUUGUGUUGAUCCCUGCCGAAGCUUGGCGCAAUCUGCUGGCCUGGUAUGGCAUGGUAGAUGAUCAGCCUGCCCUGGAGCGGAAGGUGGUGGAUCUACCCAGCACAGUCAAGGUUGAGGUCUAUCCUGUGGAAAUCUUCCUGUGUCUCCAUAGCAACAUGGAAAAUGUUGUGACCGCACAGUUCAGCCGUGCAGAUCACAUCCAUACGAUUCAGAAGGUGAUGAUGAAGCAGUUUGAGGUGGUCGAGGGAGCAGAGACCCGGCUGUGGAUGAAGAGCUCAGACACUUGCUGUGAGAGGCUGCGGAACGUUCACGUCAAUGUCCUCGACUCCUGCCUCAUCUCUGGCAUGACGGUGAUCAUGGAGAUGAGGAAUGCAGAUGGUACCUGGCCCAGCUCCAGACCGCAGAUCAUUAGGAACUCUGUGGAGGAGCAGGAAUCAUACCGAGGCCAGCCAGGAGUCUGUGGCCUCACCAACCUAGGAAACACAUGUUUCAUGAACUCUGCCCUGCAGUGUCUCAGUAACACCCCUCCACUGACUGAGUACUUCCUGCGGAGUGCCUAUCUGGAGGAGCUCAACUUCACCAACCCUCUGGGCAUGAAGGGGGAGAUAGCAGAGGCCUACGCUGAUGUUACCAAACAGAUGUGGUCUGGGAGGCACUAUUCUGUAGUUCCCCGGCUCUUCAAGACCAAGGUUGGCCACUUUGCCUCUCAGUUUCUUGGCUACCAGCAGCAUGACUCUCAGGAGCUGCUCUCCUUCCUGCUGGAUGGGCUUCAUGAGGAUCUCAACCGGGUCAAGAACAAGGAGUACAUUGAGCUGAGGGAUGCCGACGGUAGGCCUGACCAGGAAGUGGCAGAGGAAGCGUGGCAUAACCACCGGCGACGUAACAACUCUGUGAUUGUUGACACCUUCCACGGGCUGUUCAAGUCCACCCUGGUUUGCCCCGAGUGCCGCAAAGUGUCGGUCACCUUUGACCCCUUCUGCUACCUCAGCGUGCCUCUGCCUUUUAGCAAGGACCGGGUGAUGGAGGUCUUCUUUGUUUCUCUGGACCCUGUGGCCAAACCUGUUCAGCAUCGCUUGGUUGUACCCAAAGCUGGAAAAGUGUUUGACCUGUGCUCCGCUCUCUCGGAAAUGACCAACGUCUCCGUCAAUCAAAUGGUUGUGGCUGAUGUGUUCAACCACCGCUUCUAUAAGAUCUACCAUGCUGAUGAGUCUCUAAGCUGCAUCCUGGACCGGGAUGACAUAUUUGUGUAUGAGCUGAGCAGUCGCUCUGUGGAGGAGGAGGGGGAUGAGGUGGUGCUGGCUCUGUACCUGAGGGAGCGUUCUCAGUACAGGGACUCCAGCUCAGGGAGUAGCAGCUGCGGGACGUCCCUGUUCGGACACCCACUGCUCAUGGCUGUGCCUCGAGUCCAGUGCAGCCGCAACGCCCUCUAUCACCUCUUCCUGCAGCGGCUAGCACGGUAUGUCCGACCACCAGAUCCCUCAGAGGAGGGUGAAGAUGACGAGGAACUUUACAAGAUCCAGACCAAUGGUGUCAGCGAUGAUGAUGGUGAGGAUAAUGGUAUGAGGCCAGGACCCUUUAAGAGAGAUGACUGUUGUGAUGGUGGCCAAUGGGAUGGCCAAGCAGACGGCCCUGCUGUGACUCAAACUCAGCCAGAGCAGGCACAAUCCCAGGAGUCUGGAAAACAGGUUCAGGCUGAGGGGACCAGUAGUGAAGUCAGGGCAGGGUGCAGCACAGAGGACAGUGCCUCGGCAUCCUGCAGUGCUGAAGCCAGUGCUGGAGUUCCAACAAACAGCCAGCAGGGUGCAGGCCUUCAGCAGCAGCAGCCAUGUGAGACUGAGGUAGAGGAGGAGAAGGGUGAGUGCCUCCCGCAGACCAACGAGAGGAAGGGCUACCAGGCCAGAUGCAGAAAGCUGCUCUUCUCCAUUCAAGCGGUCAACUCCAAUGGCACUACGGAGAGAGGCAUGGGAGAGGACGGCAGUGCCUUCUCUUUUAGCUCUCAACCAUAUGUGGCCAUUGACUGGGAUCCUGACAUGAAGAAGAAAUGCUACAACGAGAAUGAGGCAGAGAAGUAUGUAAAACACCAAAGCAUGGAGGUCCCUCAUCAGCAGACCACAGUGCAGCUGCAGGAGUGCAUAGAGCUCUUCACCACUGUGGAAAUCCUGGAGGAAGAAAACCCCUGGUACUGCCCAAUAUGUAAGAAACACCAACUGGCUACUAAGAAACUGGACCUGUGGUCACUGCCUGAGGUUCUCAUCAUCCACCUGAAACGCUUCUCCUACACCAAGUACUCCAGGGAGAAGUUAGAUAUCAUCGUUGACUUUCCUCUCAGACACCUCGACUUCUCAGGUUGUCUGCUGAGGAAGACCGGUACAAACGGAGAGCCACCCAGCCGAUAUGAUCUGAUAGCAGUUUCCAACCACUACGGCGGACUCCGAGAUGGACAUUACACCAGCUAUGCCCGGAACAAAGACAAUGGACAAUGGUAUUACUUCGAUGACAACAAGGUGACGUAUGCAAGGGAGGAACAAAUUGUGACUAAUGCUGCCUACCUCCUGUUCUACCACCGACAAGACAAGAUUCGUCAGCCCACUUUACUCCCCCCCUCGGACAGCUCCUCCUCUCCCGCCCAGCCUGCAAAUGAUGUCAACUCCCACAAACAUGAUGGGAUGGAGAGAGCCACUUCCUGUGUCAACAUGGAAACAGACUGAAGCAGAUCUUUUUUAUUAUAAUUUUUUUUUUUCUGAAUGGAUGGGGCUUUGAUUUUAUAUUUUUUAAUUAUUUUCCAUUCAAAAAACUUGAACCUUCUGCCUCUCCUCUGCAUUGAACAAGGUGUGAGAAGCGGAGGCUAGAUUCUCAGGCUGGUGCAGAAGUGUGAGGAAUGCAAUUUAUGCUUCUUCUAAAAAAAAAUUAUGAUCUAGUAAAUCUGGGGAGACCAAUGUAAUAGAAGAAUGUUGAAUGAUGAUUUCGUGUAUUGCUUAAUCACAGACUAAGGUAUGUAGUGUCUGUCUAUGCUGAUGCCAAAUGGACCCCUUAGUGAUUGGACAUAAGCAAUUAUAAUUUAGUUGGUUCAAUCAAGACCUAUGAAUUGUGAAUAUCUGUGCACCACUAUUCAUCUGCUAUGAUGCAUUGCUGCAAACAUUACCUCAAACUUUGAUUACUGGUGUUGAGCUCAAUUCGAGGAAGAUUUCCUUGAGGCUCUUUGAAUAGAAUUGAAUACAUUUUGCUCUAGAAGGUAAAUCACAACAUCUGAGGUUAACGACACAGAUAACUAAUUCAGUUUACUCCUGAUUUAAAAAUGAGAUUACAUUCCCCUGUUACUCAAUGUUCUUUAUAUCAGGGACUGCAUUAACAGAAAGAGAAAUAUUGCAAUGUGAUUUAUAUACACUACAUGGCCAAAAGUAUGCUCGUCAAACAACGUAUUCCAAAAUCAUGGACAUUAAUAUGAUUUUGGUGACCCCUUUCCUGUUAUAACAGCAUCCACUCUUCUGGAAAGGCGUUCCCCUAGAUGUUGAAUCAUUGCUGUGGGGACUUGCUUCCAUUAAGCCACAAGAGCAUUAGUGAGGACGGGCACUGAUGUUAUGCGAUUAGGCCUGGCUCGCAGUCGGCAUUGCAAUUCAUCAAAGGUAUUCGACGGGGUUGAGGUCAGGGCUCUCUGCAGGCCAGUCUAGUUCUUCCACACCGAUCUCGACCAACCAUUUCUGUAUAGACCUUGCUUUGUGCACGGGGGCUGAAGCAGGAAAGGGCCUUCCCCAAACUGUUGUCACAGAGUUGGGAGCACAGAAUCGUCUAGGAUGUUGCUGUAGCAUUAAGAUUUCCCUUCACUGGAACUAAGGGGCCUAGCCCGAACAAUGAAAAACAGUCCCAGACC